AUGCAACGUGGUAAUACAGUUAUAAAUUGACGUUAAUUUGCUAACGAGCUUUUUAGCAUAGUGAGACGAGUAAUUUUUCUUCUAAUAACAAGUCUUAUUAACUUUAUUCGGUAUUUUUUAAAGUUAUCAUUUGGAAACUAAUUUCUAAAUAUGGAAAACCCGAAUCCAUUAGAAGUAGUUGCGAUCGGAGCUGGUGCUGGCCUCCUAUAUUGGUGGUUUAGGAGCGGCUCCAACGGGCAAAGAACAGUUGUAAUAAAAAACUAUAAGGAAUGUGAGGCCGCCGUGGAGAUUUUACGAGAGCACUGCAAAGAAAAUCCAGUAUUAGGCUUUGACUGCGAGUGGGUGUGGGGAUCGGAUCGAGUAGAUCUUUUACAGUUGUGCACUCACAAGGGCUAUUGUGCAUUAAUUCGUUUGUGUGCAAUGCGCACUUUGCCACCAUCACUUGGCGAGUUACUGGAUGAUUCUCAUAUAGUUAAAGUUGGCGUCGAUCCACUUAACGACGCUGGGCGGCUUUCAAAGCAAUAUACCAACCUAACGCCUAUUUCUAUAUUAGAUUUGCGUUUUGUUGCCGUUCUUACUCGUGAAAAACCUGGUACUUUGGCUGCUAUGUAUAAGAGCGUGGUAGGCGGUACUCUAGAUAAGUGUUGGCAAUUGUCUGCAUCUAAUUGGCGAGCGAAAUAUUUGACACAAGAACAAAUUGACUAUGCUGCUGGUGAUGCCAUCGCUGGUAUACAAAUAUAUACAACUCUAGCUCAAAAAGUGUCGCAUGUAAGCGUUUUCCAACAGUAUUACGAUCAGAGAUAUAAUUCGUAUUAUCACGAUGCAUUAGAACCCAUUGCAACAAACACAUGUUCACUGCAGUGAAGUUAAUAUACAUACAUA